AUGCCGUUAGAUAAGUCUCAGUGGAGAGAGACCUCCAGUUCCACUAUUUGUACGGAAAUGACUACCGAUGCCUUCAAAGAUGAAGACGGAGUUAUUCAAAAACCGAAAUCCAUUUCCAUGUCAUCCGACACUCUGAUUGAGACCAAAGGGAAUGAGUCGUCGGUUAAGACCCGAUCGCGAACUGCCCGUCAGUAUGGAAAUGAGACUCAAGAGAAAGCUAUCACUAAUGAGACAGCAUUCACAGGACCGGGAGGAAUAUUCAAAAACAACAUCCCAUACAUCGAGAGUGAGCCCACAUCUCACGCCUAUUCACCGCCACACAGGUCCUCAUCAUCACCGGUGGUGACACUCGUGGAUACGCCGGAGUUCUUGAGCCCAGAACCGGACCAAAUGCCCAAAAUCAUGAGCACAAAGAUGUCUCGCGAGGAGAGGGGUAGGGAAACGCCUUCUCUGGUCACAGAU